UCGACAUCAAAUGCUGAAAUCACAAAUGUAAUCAAAUCAAAAUUCAAACAACAUCGACGAAAAUAAAGCCUAUCUUCUCAAGAGAACAGCUAACUCCUUGUAAAGCAGCUUGUCUCACUGGACCUUUUCCAAAAUAGUUUAUUCUGGCGAUAACUUCCCCGGAUAAAUCGUGAAAACAGACUAAAUUUAUCGGCUAAAAUUAAAAUCGGAGUUCCUGAGUUUGAUUCCUGUCUGGGUUCGGCUAGUUACCAGUCUAGUUCCAGUAGAAGCAAUUUAGUGAUCUGGUGCAAUGUCCCAUAGAAGCCAAUCAGGGGUAUGAUUAACAUACUCCCUAACAGGUUAACCCACUACCAUCUUAGACUGCAUCAUCACUUACCAGUUGUAGUGAAAAAUGAAGACAGACAUGGUACCAUAUCUGUUAAUGCAGGUGACACACAAAACAAGAUAAAAUGAAUAACAUAUUGCAUAGAAAAAAGAACACUUUUAUAAUGUCUUAUAUUGGAAGAAAGACUACUGGAUGACGAUAGCAAAGCAUUCCAGAUUCUCAGUUACUUGGAUUACCGAAUAUAACAUUGGAUAAAAUACAAAAGUGUUACAUACUCACUGAAUCAGUUUAAGAAUAGACUGGAUAAACAUCAAAAAGACAAAGAGCGCAAGAAAUGAUAUAGACGCAUCAGCGAAAGCUGCUUAGUCUAUUAUAUAAUAAUAAUAAUAAUAAUACGCAUGUACGCUUUGUUUCGAGGAAUUUUGUCAUCAAUGUGAAUAUGAUAACGAUGCAUAUGCAGAUCAAAUCUGAGCAGAAACUGAAAUCGGACUCAUCAGAGCCUCAUGCAGGACAAUCUGGCUCUUCGUUGCCUGACAAUGUGAGAUGUCGAAGAGUAUCCGGACGUCAGCUGGAGCUGCUAUGGGAGUACCUGAACGCGCACAGGGACAUAGCUGUCGCAUUCAACCGUUCUCUGCAGGCCAAGGAAUACUCCCAGCAGAGGUGGAAGGUGCUCGCAGAGAUUUUGAACUUCCAGGGUGACGGAGCACACAAAGAUUGGAAAGGCUGGUCCAAAUAUUGGGUUGACUACAAAGCUAAGUUAAAGAAGCGUAUAUCCGUUCUGCGGUUUGCCCAAGCGCGGAAUGGCGCUGGUCAAUCCUCGGAACCGCCGCUAUCGGACAUAGAGAACAAGUUCCUUCAAAUACUCGGAGAGGAUUACGGUCAGAAGCCGAACGGGGAGCUGGUGGAGAACUUCGAAGCUUUCGAGCCGCAAAUCGAAACUAUAGAAGGAUAUGCACCCGAAAGCUCUUCAAUCCUGCGCGGCAACCCCAACGAGGAAGUCUCGGAUGCGAACCCCGAACGGUCCCCGGAAGAGGCGGUGCCCGAGCAGUCCCCGCGCGGGUCCCCAUUCCGCCCCCCCCAGCCGAUCCCAGCGACGGACGCACGGCCGCGACGCACGCGCCGCAGGCGGGAGGCUCCGAUGUCCCAGGAGGCGGCCAGGCGAGCCCUGGUCCAGUCGUCACAGCAGAAGGCGGAGGCUGCUAGAAGGAGCACUUUGGCUCUGGAGAGGAUCGCGCAGGGCGUUGCAGAAGGAGUGACCAUCUUGAGGAAUAUAGAGAGAACUAUAAAUGCUGGCUGGCCCAGAGCUGAUGAAUAAGGGUACUCCGUGUGACCCAACCCUGAUGAAGGUCGCCACUGCAGCUGCCAAACUCCUCAGAAACUGUUCCAGUAUGAUUCACCAGAUUUACCACC